AUGAGCGUCACCAAGGUCACUAUUGAAAGGGGCAGCGGUGAUUUCCCUACUGAAAACGACAAGGUGAAGGUCGCAUAUACUUGCUACCUUAAAGAUGAUGAAAAACCAGGAGACUAUUUUAAAGGAAAGCAGAUUGUUCUCCCAGGACAGUCGGGCGAUCUCACAUUUCGCAUUGGAAAUAAAGAGGUUGUUCCUGGGUUUGAAGAGGGGGUAUCGCGUAUGAAACUUGAUGAGCGGUGCAUCUUGACUAUUCCUAGUGAGCGCGCAUAUGGUGAAAAGGGAUUCCCCGGGUGUAUACCACCCAACGCGGCUCUAGUUUGUGAAAUCCGCCUUUGGCAGAUCGAUAAAUCGCCAGCUACAGUCUAUAGCUGCACGUAUUGCCGUAAGCCCUUCGAUGCUAAGGAUGACUGGAGUCGCCCCGAGUUUGCCCACCUAGAUGAGGAUGAUAAUAUCGGCGAGAGAUGGCGGUGCCCCGAACCCAACGAAGCCGGUGGAGACUGCGCCAAGAAACUUCGUUCGAUGCACCUUUUUGAACAGCAUCGCCGGGAUGAGCACGGUAUGGCCGAUACCCCGGGGGAAUGCCGCGUGGAAAACUUUACGGGGGGCGACUACCACACUCGCUAUUGGUGUGGCUUCUGCAAAAAGCUUGUUUCCAAUACCACGGAGGGUUUCGAAGCUAUAUCAGAAAGAAAUACUCAUGUCGCGCGUCACUUUGAGAAUGGGAGUACGAUCAAAGAACGGUUCUGGAACCUUUCGCACGUGAUCGCGCACGACGGUGCUUUCCUCACGACGCUUUUGAAUAUCCCUGGCCUCGAAUCUUCUAUACCCGCUCGUUCCAUCAUCUCUCUUGGCCAUGGAACCUGGAACCUGCGAGAAGUGCCUAAACCGCAGGACGGACCCUCUGCAUCUAUUGCUGCAAGGUAUGAUUUCUACGUGCAUGUUGGGUGA